AUGUUUGCUUCGGGCUCAACGAUCUAUCUGUUGGACCACCUUGGUGUCUUUGGCGCAGAUGGAGUCUCAGUAGGCUAUCACGCUGAUGCUUCCAGUAAAGUAGCACCUCCAACCGACUCAGACAAGACGACUCCCGACGUCAGUCACACUUCUCAAAGUCUGCCUCUACAUAUGCCUCCUGACGAGGUUCACUAUCCUGCUCAGUUCACGGCUGAGGCCAUCGCCAUGCAACCCGCCGUGGUCUCAGCACCCACAGGAAACCCUUCUACUGAUCAAUCCGGAGUUGGAACUUCUGCCUCUGGUACUGCUCCACGCGCUGAUGGUAGAUGUGGGACUAGGUUCAACAAUGCCGUCUGUGAUCCUAACGGCAUGUAUGGUGGCUGCUGCUCCUCUUAUGGAUACUGCGGUAGCACUGAAGAGCACUGUAAACCUCAAUCCACAUCGUCCAAGAUUCCCGAUGUCAGCGUCGAAGAAAAACCUGAAUAUGACAUUGGUGGUCAACCAGGAGCAGACACAGCACAUCCGAUGGGCUUCUGGAUACUCAACAGGAACGACGUGACGCACCACAUCAGUGCCGAUUGGCCAGACAAAGACCGCGGCGAAUACGGUGCUCACGCGUAUCUUCAGUUCUCUACAGCUACAGUAGGACCUGGUGAGAACCUCUGGAUUCCCACACUGCCUCACACUAGCCCAAAGCUGUACGUAGGCGUCUCUCCAAAUGAGAGGACACCUGAGGUUGGGUCCAACCGAAACCAUGACACCCUCAUCGAAGCGACCUUCUAUGGAGGCUACGAUCACCUCUACUAUGACAUCGAUCUUGAGCGUGGCUUCUCUUCUCCCGUCUGGUGUCAUGGACAAGGCGAGCCAUGGUCAAGCGGUCAGGGCUGUGUCGCAGAUUUGCUUGCCGUAUGUCCCCAGAAAGACCAGCACCACAACCCCGUCACCAAUGUGUACGACCAAUGCCGAGGAUCGGACGAAAAUCUUCAACUACGCUAUCAGCACUGUCCCAAGAGUUACAUCGUGUGGAACGAUGACUGGAACACCAAUACUACAUCUCAACAGGAUGUGCUCAUGUGCACCAUUGUUAGUACACCGUCUUCCAGCAAGCUCCAAAUCGCCCAGAUGGCUGAAGCUGAGAGGAAGGAGGCAGCUGGUUUCAAGCCAAACGCUGUCUUGCCUAGACGUGCUCUACCUCAUGUUCACUCCAAGCACGAGCGUCUCUCUGGACACGCUUAG